AUGGGCGAUGCGGAUGAAGACAGAGAAGCCCUCCCACUUCUCUACUCGCCACCUACACCCACAUUCCCAACCGGCGGAUACAGCACCGUCAAGCCAGACAGCAGCAGCUCGCCCCAAAGCCUCGACGCCGCCGAGUCCCGAGCCAUCGAGAACGAUGUCCUCCCCGAGACGUCGACCCUCGGCCGCACGCUGAGCCGCCAGUCCGCCUACAUCCUCGUCAUCUCGCGCGUGCUGGGGUCCGGCAUCUUCGCCACCCCGGGGACCAUCAUCCGCGCGGUCGGCAGCGUCGGCCUCGCGCUCUCGCUGUGGGUCGUCGGCGCCGUCGUCGCGGCCUGCGGGCUGGCUAUCGCGCUCGAGUAUGGCUCCAUGCUGCCGCGCUCGGGCGGGGAAAAGGUCUAUCUCGAGUUCACGUACCGCCGUCCGCGGUUCCUUGCGAGCACGGUAGUUGCCGUCAUGGUUGUCUGCCUGGGGUUUACGGCUAGCAAUUGUGUUGUGUUCAGCCAGUAUGUGUUGUUUGCGGCUGGGGUCGAAGAGCCGGCGGAAUGGGCCAGGAAGGGCGUUGCCGUCGGUCUCCUGACGGCGAUCACGAUCAUCCAUGGGGUGUUCAGGGCCCUCGGAGUAAAGAUACAGAAUUUCCUGGGCUGGGUCAAGGUCGGGCUUAUCGUCUUUAUGAUCCUGUCUGGUCUCUAUGUCGUCAUCCUCCGGCCGCGGGAAGCGGCUCCGGGUGUCUCAACAACCUAUGCUGUUGGUGGUUGGGAUGACCUGUGGCGAGGAUCGAACUGGAACUGGGGCGUUGUCUCGACAUCGCUCUUCCAAGUCUUCUACUCCUACGCCGGUCUCGAGAACGCCAACAAUGUUUUGAACGAGGUCAAGGACCCGGUGCGGACAUUGCGAUUUGUGUCCAUCUCAGCGCUUGUGACGGCUUGCGUGCUCUAUCUCCUGACCAACGUGGCUUACUUCAUAGUUGUACCUGUGGAAGAGAUCAAGGCCAGCGGUGAGCUGGUGGCUGCAUUGUUCUUCGAGCGGGUCUUCGGGGGAGAUGUUGGUGGCAAGAUCUUGCCCCUGGCUGUAGCUUUGUCCGCUGCUGGCAAUGUCUUCGUCGUCGCGUUUGCGAUGUCACGGGUCAAGCAGGAAAUUGCCCGGCAGGGCUUCCUCCCCUUCUCCGAAAUUCUAUCCUCGGCCAAGCCCUUCGGAUCUCCUCUUGGUGGUCUCUGUGUACAUUACAUCCCCUCAUUUCUUGUGAUUACACUGCCGCCGUCCAACGAGGUAUAUUCCUUCAUUCUCAAGGUCGAAGGAUACCCAGGCCAGGUCGUUGCAAUAGCUACAGCAGCUGGUCUCCUGUGGCUUCGAUACGAGAGGCCGGACCUCAAGCGCCCGUUCAAGGCAUGGGUCCCGGCCGUGGCACUCCGCAUAGCCCUGAGUCUGGCUCUACUUGCGGCGCCUUUCUUCCCACCGGCCAAGAAGCCAGAGUCUGGGCUCUUCUACGCUACUUACGCAGCUGUGGGAAUUUCAGUGCUCGUGUUAGCAACUGUAUACUGGUACUUGUGGACUGUUUUGGUACCGAAGUGGAGAGGCUACAUACUAGAGGAGAAGGCUGAAGUCCUUGAAGACGGGACAACAAUCACCAAGCUGGUCCAUAACCCUAUCUCAUCGAGUGGCACAUGA